AUGGGUUUCUUUACCUGGCCAUACCCUGCUGCUCCUGAUAGGGGCUAUUGGGGUGAAAUAACUUCAACUAUUGAUUGGUGUGAGGAAAACUACGUUAUAACUCCUUAUAUUGCAGAAUGGUCAAAUACAAUUACAAAUGCUGUUUUUGUUCUUACAGCAUUGUAUUCAACUUAUAGUGCCUACCGUACUGGGUUGGAGUUGAGAUUCGUAUUGAUCGGUAUUGGUUUUGCACUGGUUGGUGUCGGUUCUUGGUUGUUUCAUAUGACUUUACAGUAUCAUUACCAAUUAUUGGAUGAACUACCAAUGCUAUAUGCUACUUGCAUUCCAACCUGGAGUAUGGUCUGCGAAUUUACGAGAUAUAUGUCUAUUAAAAAUAAAAAAGAUUUGGAUACCACAGUGCCAAUUUCGAUGAAAAGACAAUGGUAUGUGGGAAUUGCAGUGACUUUGGUCGCAGUUAUUUUAAGUUUGAUUUAUUUAAUUACGAAAAAUGUGGCAAUCCAUGAGACUGCUUAUGGUAUAUUCACUGUUUUGGUCUUUUUGAUAUCAAAUGUUAUGACAAACGCUCAAAUUAAGGAUAAAAAAGCAAAGAAAAAUCUAUUCUCUUGUAUGAUAUUAGGUGCCACAACUUUUGUUUUAGGUUUCUUAUUUUGGAACUUAGAUAAUCAAUUUUGCAAUACUUGGAUAUUCCUAAGAAGAACCUACUUACAUUUACCAUUAGGUCUAUUUUUUGAAUUCCACGGCUGGUGGCAUCUAUUAACAGGUACAGGAGUCUAUUAUUAUAUCAUUUACUUGCAAUAUCAAAGAAUUAUCAUCUUGGAUCAAGAAGAUACCUUUAUGUUGAUUUGGAGAUGGGGUAUCAUCCCUGAAUUAGUAAGAAAGGGAUCAAAAAUUUCUACCUCCUAUUCAACUGAACUUUUGGGUUCCGCUGUAUCAAAUCAUGAUUUAAAGAAAAACAAUUAA